AUGGAAGAGCUUUCGGACUUCAUUCGAUUGAAUAAUGCACCCCAAAUUGGAGCUUUCGUUCCAACAAGCCACGAUGACACCUAUCCAUUCAUCACGCCCACCGGCUCAGAGCUCACGGGAAAAACCAUCGUCAUUACCGGAGCAUCUAAAGGAAUUGGCCGAGCAACAACAAUCCGACUCGCAAGGGCAGGCUGCAGCAGAAUUGCGAUCAUAGCCCGAUCAAGUCUCGAAGAAGUAAUCGAAGAACUCAAAUCCGAGGUUCAGAGAUUCAACCUCUCCCUUCCGGCAAUCCUGCCAUUAAAGGUCGAUAUCACAUCAGAUGAAGCAGUUGAAAAAGCCGCAAAGGCUGUUGAGAAAGCUUUCGGAAGUAUAGAUAUCUUGAUAAACAACGCGGGUUAUCUCCCCGAAUUCCUGCGCAUUGGAGAAGCUGAUCCCUCAGAAUGGUGGAAAGGAUUCGAAGUUAACGUUAAGGGGACAUUCCUUUGCGCACACUAUUUCCUUCCACUUUUGUUGAAGUCAGAAACUAAGAUCAUGGUCAAUUUGACUUCUAUUGGUGCGCAUACAUUGACGUUGGGCGGAUCGUCAUAUAUGGUAUCACGAUUUGCGAAUUGUCGGGUUACGGAAUUCUUAGCGAGGGACUAUGAAGAUGAAGGACUUGUUGCGAUCUCGUUGCAUCCUGGUGGGGUUACUACUGAUAUGAAAACCAAUUUUCCAGAGCAAUUACACUUUACUUUGCAGGAUAAUGUGAAUCUGCCGGCGGAUACGAUUGUAUGGCUUGUGAAGGAGCGCCGGGAGUGGUUGAAUGGGAGAUACGUUUCCGGGCCUUGGGAUAUGAAGGAGAUAGAGGCUAAGAAGGAGGAGAUUGUACGGAGGGAUCUGUUUAAAUUCAGGAUGACUGUCUGA